UUAGUCACUCUCAGUUAGUUCAAUCCGAGGCGGCUGCAGUGCUGCUCCUGGCGGCGACGGCUCUGGUAGUGGAGUAUCCAGCUUGCAAAUUAAUGAAUUUACGGCAUUAACAAUAAAAAACAUCUGCUGAUUCUAUUUGAACAUCAAUAAGGACUUAAUUACAAAAGAACGUGGCUGCGAAGGAAGAAAUACAAAUACAGCUUUUUGCCUUGUUUUGCCGAAACCAACACGUUCGAAUGCGCUUUGGCUUGUUCCGAUUCUGAUUAGCAGUUUCUAAGGAGGCAUUUUGGAAUACAUUUGGACGAAUACCACCGAAAGGGCAUCUGCAGUGUACAGUUCGCCAAACGGUGCCUACAUACGCACUGUUAAUUUGGAUCUUUACCGACAACUGCCGCUGGAUCGUGGGAUAGACUCUGGUGCAUUAAAAGGUGCAUUCGUAUAAUUUUUACAGUAUUUGCCCUACAACGGAGAAAGACGCGCUCUGGGACUAGAAACCUAUUUGUGCGAUUUUUUUUUCUCUCUUUUGGGAAUUGGGGAUGCCGUUUUUAAGUUUAUUUCUCUGGCUGUUUUUACAUUUGGAAGCCUUUUUUUAAGCGAAACCAAAAAAAAAAGGAUCGUCCGCUCUAGCGUGUUGUUGCUACCUUUCCGAAAGCGCUGACUGGGAGUGAUCGACCAUGACGAUGAUAAUGAGGAACUGGCUUUGGAAAUACUGCUUUGGAGUUUUGGUCAUGAUAUGCAGGAUAGCAUUAUCCCGUUCGACGAUUUUGGACUCCAUCUACUGGAAUUCAUCAAAUACCAAGUUUUCCCCUGGACAAGGACUGGUGUUAUAUCCACAAAUUGGGGACAAGAUGGACAUUGUUUGCCCAAAGCUGGACUCACGACAGAGUGACAAGUAUGAAUACUAUAAACUGUACUUGGUUCCAAAAGACCAAGCGGAGAAGUGCAUUAUCACCAAAACGGACACCCCUUUACUGAACUGCGUCAAACCAGAUCAGGACGUCAAGUUUACCCUCAAGUUUCAGGAGUUUAGUCCAAAUCUGUGGGGGCUGGAAUUUUCCAGAUACAAGGAUUACUAUAUCAUUUCCACUUCAAAUGGAUCCUUGGCGGGUUUGGAGAAUCAAGAAGGUGGAGUGUGUCAGACCAAUUCUAUGAAGAUUAUAAUGAAGGUCGGCCAAGGACCCAACGACAGUCCCCGAAAAGGGACCCCGGCAACCAGAAGCCCCAAGAUGGCACCAGAAGCUACCAAUAAACCUUUGGAUCCAGGCAGACCACCCAACCCUGGAUCUGGCACAGAUGGGACCACCACAGCAGGCCAUUCCUCCAGCAUCGUUGGUUCUGAAGUGGCCUUGUUUGCUGGGAUCGCCUCAGGCUCUGUCAUCUUCAUCAUCAUCAUCAUCAUGCUGGUUGUCCUUCUGAUGAAAUACCGUCGAAGGCAUAGGAAACACUCUCCACAACACUCUGCGACGCUCUCUCUCAGCACCCUCGCAACCCCUAAACGCGGGGGAAACAACAAUGGCUCCGAACCCAGUGACAUUAUCAUCCCUCUUAGGACUGCGGACAGCGUGUUCUGCCCUCAUUAUGAAAAAGUCAGUGGAGACUAUGGACAUCCAGUUUAUAUAGUUCAAGAGAUGCCACCACAGAGCCCAGCGAACAUUUAUUAUAAAGUUUGAACUAGCAGGAGGACCACUGCUGAAGAAUAGUCAUAUAUAUAUAUAUAUAUAUUUUUUUUUUUUAAAUGGAGAAUUCCCUGUUCAGCUGCUUUUUGUGGUUGGGGUUUUUUCAGUGGCUAAUUGUGCACUAUGAAAGACUUGAACAUGAACUCCCAUACGAGAGAUCAAGAGAGCAACUUCGGUGGAUCGCCACGGUUGUUGGUGGUAUGCAAGCAGGCUUAUCUAAAACUGGAGUACCGGCUGAGGGGUAUUUUUUGUUCUGAUGCCAACAUCCUGGGAAUUAAAAAACCAGAAGCAAAAAAAAAAAGACAAAAUAUGAGGGAUGGCUUGAACAGAGCAUCACGGACUGGAUGUUCUGCGCAUUUAAAACAUUUUGGCCCUUGAAUUUUAUUUUAUUAAUUUUACGUUACUCAUAACUUUUUAAUUUAGGAGUUUCUCAAAGUAAGUCUGUAUUCUCUUUUUUUUUCUUUUUGAAGUUUGCCACUGGUAUCACAACUCUAAUUACUUGAAGACACUUUGAUGUGCGUUUUUUUUGUUCUUCCCAAACUUUUGAGGCAUUUUUUUUUCCCACUUUUAUGAAAUAUUGACACUGUUAAUUUGCAUGUAAACAUCACUUUUUUUUUCCCUUUAUCCCCCCCAUACAUUUAAAAGCCACAAACAGGCUUAGUAGAUUGAAAAGUUUUCGUAAAUAAGUGGAAUGAUGUGGGGGAACAGGAGGCAAGUCCACUGGAAGGCUGAACUUGGGUGGUGGGGGGGCCCAUGCACAUGGUGUCGAGGCUCGGGAAUUCACGUUGAACAGGGCCCGCCACACAUUUAUUAUUGGUGGUGCUGCUGCGCUGCUACUUACGUUCUGCGACCCCUUGAUGUUUCUUUAAGUAGCACUUUGGUACCGGCGGACGCGGUCGGCUAAAAGGAACGGAGUAGAAAGGUGAAAGCGGAGAAUGAAGUACAAGUGAGGGGGGCCUGGCGUGGUGCGUUGCGCAGUCGUAAGGUCGCAGGAUUAUUUGUAGGUACAGGCAAUAAAACAAUUAAAAAUUUAAACUGCCUUACAGCUUGUUAGGGACCCUGGUCGUCUUCUGGUUGACGCCGAAGCAGACUGAGGUACUACGUCGACUGUUCUGUGAGUACGUUGCAGUGCAGGUCCUGUGAGUUUCACAGCAGUUCAUUGGUGCUCUUGUUCCACUGUAAAGCACAUAAAAUAGUUUCAGUUUAUUUCACUCUAAAUUUUUUUCUUUUCCAAAUAACUGUACAUUUGGGGGCAGGAAAGACUUAUUUAUUCUAGGUAAAUAUAGCACAUGACUUACGUGGUAUGAGAAAUGUAAUAAUAUAUUCUGGUAAAAAAACGGAAAAAUGCACAUUAUGCAAGCUAGGCUAUUUUUAUGUCCCUUUUUAUGAAAUGUUCAAUCUGUAGCUGCCUUUUUCAAAUGAUAACCUGUGUACGGGGUGGGGGGGCGCGGACUUUGUGAGGGUUUUUUUUUUUUUUUUUAAUUAUUUUAUUAAGUAAGCCCUAGCAUCUUCUCCCUUCAUGUCUCGCAUUACAGGAGGUGAAGAAACAACCGCAUGAACAUGGAAAUGAUGAUAAAUGGCUACAACAAUAAAUACAAUGUUCUGGGAAUUCUUGUCUCCUCUCUCCCACUGGCAUCGCAUUUCCUUUCCCAAUUGUGUUGUAUUACGUGGAAUUUUUAUUUUUUUUCUCUUAUUUUUUCCUAUGUUGUUUUAUACAGUGCAGCAACACAGAAGUGGUUUUAUUUGUAAGUGUUUAAGGCUUUGGCGCACUCUGGAAUAAUGAAAACAAAAUUAGUUGUAUUUUUUACAUAGAUCCGUUACUAUGGCAAUAUCUUUAUAUUCUGAAGUGGGAGGAAAGAGAAAUAACCGCACUAGGAAUCCCAGUCCUCCAAGGAGUGCAUAUGUAUAAAUGAACUGUCACCGAAAUGAUUAUUUUGUCUCUUUCUUGAACCUUAAAAUUACAUUGACCAAGCAGCAGAUCAUAACGUGUACACUCGGCGACUCUCUUAAGAGGUUGCCAUAGUUACUAAGUACUGCACAUAUGCAAUUUAUUUUUUUUUUCCUCCAGUCCUUACACCCAUGGAAAGUGUUCUUAAACCAAUAUUAUUAUUUUUUUAAUAAUUUUGAUUUUAGUCAGAAGCAGCUUUUUGCGUAACAUCAGUUGCCUGUGUUGUGGUUAUGAAGUAAACUGUGAAAAUAUAAAAUGCAACCAGCAAUCAGUUGGAUAUUUUUUUUGUGUGUGUGUGGUUGCUGAGAGUCUGGUGCAGAAUAUGACAAUCUAUUGACUAAUUUCUUUUAUUAUUUUUUUUUUUCCUUUUGUUUUUUUAAAUCUGAAGUUUGCUGACAACUUCAGGGUAUUACUGUAAAUGCCUUGCUUGUAUGGUCAUCCCUAGUCACCUGACUUUGAAAUUUGCACCGUACAUUUUUAGUAGUGAAGAUUACUGUACAUAUGUUAAUGUUUGUAUUGUAUAUGGAAAUUUGGGUUGUUACAAUAGCCUUAUUUUACCUUUUUAGGAAAGAAUAAGAAUACACCGCAAAACAAUUUUUUGGUAACCAGCUUAUGUAAAUAGAAAGAUGUUUUUAUAAACUCUAAACAAAA